CAAAACGACCCCAGAGGUAAAGAAGAAGAAGAAGAAGAAGGAGGGGAGAAACCUCAAACUUCAAUUCCAAAUCGCUAGAAUUCUGAGAUGCAAUUCUGAAAAAAAAAAAGUCAGAAUUUGUGUUUUGUUUGUUUUGAAAUUCCAUUCAAAACACAAGACAAGAUUUAUGGGCAUCGCCUGCGACGACGUCAUUGUGAUCCAGCCGGGAAAAUCCGCCGGCGAGCCCUCCGUCCUCACCGUCAAUUGCCCCGACCAGGCCGGCCUCGGCUGCGAUCUCUGCAGAAUUAUCUUGGAAUUUGGCCUCUGCAUUACCAAAGGAGAUUUUUCAACUGAUGGAAGAUGGUGCUACAUAGUUUUAUGGGUUGCUCCGAAUCCUAGCUCGCUUAAAGUUGAUUGGGAAAGCUUGAAAAGCCGGCUUGUUUCCAUAUGCCCGUCAUGUGCAUUCCCAGUUUACUUAAAUCAGCAUUCAAACAAUCCAUCGCCUUCUCCUGUUUACCUGUUGAAGUUUUUAUACCUUGACUGGAAAGGACUUUUACAUGAUGUUACUAAAGUCCUCUGCGAGCUUGAACUAAUAAUCCAAAGAGUAAAAGCGAUGCCGACCCCGGAUGGCAAAGUUUUGGACCUUUUCUUCGUUACAGAUUGCAUGGAACUAUUACACACAAAGUUGAGAAGAGAUGCCAUAUGUGAGCACCUGAUGGCUGCUUUGGGAGACUAUUGUAUUGCCUGUGAGAUUCAACUGGCUGGGCCUGAAUAUGAAGGUUUGCAAGGGUAUUCUUCUCUUGCACCAGCCAUUGCUGAUGAACUAUUCGGUUAUGAGUUGUCGGACUCAGAAGCCCGUCUGCAAGCUCUUAGCCCGGAUACAAAAUUGAGAAAGACAGCUACUAUUACUGUCGAUAAUUUAUUGAGCCCCUCUCAUACCUUGCUUCAUAUAGAGUGUGUUGACCAGAAGGGCCUCUUUUAUGACAUUUUGAGGACCUCCAAGGACUACAACAUUCGGAUCGCAUAUGGUAGAUUCACUUCCAAUGUGGAAGGCUUCCGAAAAAUUGAUCUAUUUAUUCAGCAAACAGAUGGGAAGAAAGUUUUGGAUCCUGAAAGUCAGACUGCAUUAUGUUCUCGCUUGAAGGAAGAUAUGAUUAAUCCAGUCCGAGUAAUCAUUGCCAACAGGGGUCCGGAUACAGAACUCUUGGUUGCUAAUCCGGUUGAGUUGUCUGGAAACGGAAGGCCCCGUGUAUUCUAUGAUGUAACUUUGGCUCUAAAGAUGUUAGGAAUUUUUAUUUUCUCGGCUGAAAUUGUUCGGCAUACGACUCCUGUUCGCCAGUGGGAAGCUUACAAAUUUCUUUUGGAAGAAAGCCGUGAAUUUCCAUUGGCGAGCAGUCGAGCUAGGAGUAAGAUUGUGGAUAGAGUUAGAAGAACUUUGAUGGGUUGGUAAGGUGGUUAGUUUCACAUGGGAAAGGUCAAGCAGUGUUUCCAUUUAGUAACUGAGCCCCUUUUCUGGCAUAUCUGUCCUGUCAACGCAAAUUUACAUCUCUGAAUCAGAGAUCAUGUUUGUCUGGUAUAAGCAAGUUCAGAAUGAGCAGAAGACGCUUCUCUGAGAUUGUAGAAGUAUUUUGUUAUAAUUUUUACAUUAAUUAAAAUUCUGCAACUGUUUUUUCUUUUGCUUAAGAAUUUGUCUCCAAUGAUUUCUCGUCCCUCC